UUCUCCACGUUCAGACGACGCGCACAGCGCGCAUUGUGUGGACUCUUCAAAAGCACCCAUUGGAUGCAUUUCCAGUCAAUCGUGAAGACCAGCCCAGUUUUUCCAUCUUUGCCCACCAAUCUGCAGCGUUUAGGCUGCGGGGGGAGUCGAGACUGACGACAUGAGGAUAGCGCUUAUUCAGCGUAAACUUAGUUUCGUCCAACUCGUACCAGUACCUCUCUCGUGCAUAAGAGAAGUAUAACUUAUAAGUUUGUAAGCGAAUUUGUUGCAGAUAUUAAACGGAGCCACUGCUUUUUCGAAGAAGGAUGCUAGCUACAUUGCUAAAAUGUAACCCAGUGAAUUAACUAACAAGCAAGCGUACAAUAAAACCUAUAUUAACUUAAAAGGUGCUUUCGUUUUAUGGACUAAGCUUCACGCUUAUUAAAAUUAUGUCUGAUGACUGUAUUUUAGACAGCACUAUCUACAUAAGAUAAACUAUAUUCCAAAAGAAAAUCUUUUAGGUAGUUUUGCGGUUGCUGUACUUUUCCAACGGGACCGGUUGCAGGCUGUGCAGUUGCAAUCAUGUCAAAAACGUUAUUAAAUUCAGCUCAGCCGCAACAACGGGCCAAACGCAGCAAUGACGGGACCCCCACCACCUCGCCCGCCUCCGCCGGUAACAGCAGCACCACCAGCGGCGGCGGCGGCGGUGGCAACGGGAGCCGGUUGCAGCCCAUUCGUGCCACGGUGCCCUACCAGCUGCUGCGUGGAAAUCAGCGCAGCCCAACCCGCUCGCCCUCCUCCAUCUCGGUCGGGAGCAACAUUUUACCGAUAACGUCCGGUUGCAGUCCCACUGUCCCCGCGCAGCUGCCGCUCGCGAACCCGGUUGGAAACGGCUCAGUAGACGCUUGGCCGGUCACGCGACAGAGACGGUCCCCACCUGACAGCAAGGGCUCACCUGAGCGCUGCACGAGUUCACCUGCUUUCAGAGUGGAAAGGUCAAAGGCCCAGCAGGUACGGAGUGCUGAACCAAUCAGGCGGACCUCCUCUCUGGGUGCAAUCACUGGGCUCUACCUGUCUGGCCAGUGGCCCCGUGACCCCCAAGUGCACUACCCCUCGUGCACAAGAGACAAGUCCACACAGACUCCUGGGUGCUGGACUGAGGAAACAGGCGAGGACGAGCACAGGAGCACACAUCAACGCUCAGCAUCGUGGGGCAGUGCUGACCACCUCAAAGAGAUAGCUGACCUCCGGUCACAGCUGCAGCGGAGUAAGCAGGGGUCAGGUCGUCAUAGCAGGGACAGCAGGGAGCACUUGUCUCCCCUACACUGCUCUGUCAUCAACACUCCGAGUACCAUCAGCAUAGCCAGCCAAGCAUCGUCACUCAUGUCAAAGCCGGCGCAGAUGCCCUUGUCCAGCAUCACCGUGCCAAAGGCCACCAUAUCCAGAGUGCCUAGUAGCAUGGAGGGCAUCAACCACGAGCUGGAGAAAGUGUUCAUCAAAGACAACGGGGAGAAAGAGGAGCUCAAGGCGCUGGAGGUCCCCGAUGGCCGCCGCGCUCCAUUUCCCCCGCAGCAGCGGAGCAGCAGCAGCCGUGGCGCCGACACCCAGACGCCGUUGGCACCCGGCCGCUCCAGCAGCUGCUCCAGCCUCUCCCCCUGCCCCUCGCCCGCCUGCCCGCACGGCUCCCACGACGGCAGCCCCUACUUCGCGGACGAGCCCCUCGACGAGCGUGACAAAGACAGCGGCAGCAGCUCCCCGCUCCCAAAGUUCGCCUCGUCUCCCAAACCCAACAACAGCUACAUGUUCAAGCGAGAGCCUCCAGAGGGCUGUGAGAAGAUUAAAGUGUUUGAGGAAAUUACGUCCAGACAGUCGGCAAGUCUUCCCCUCUUCUCUUGCCCUGACAAAAACAAGGUAAACUUCAACCCCACUGGUUCCGCCUUCUGCCCAGUGAAACUCGCCGGCUCUCUGCAGCAACAUUCUGCCUCCCAGCCGGAAGAAGAGGUUUCCUCCCACGGGCCGGGACCUAGCUCUCCCCUCCUCGGAGCCGCUGCUACCGCACCAAGUAUCUUUGCACCCCUCUACCCCACUCAGGUCUCUACUAGUACGAGCACAGAUGACCCCCCGGAAUCUGCCAUAGCCCCUCCCGCACAUCGGCAGGAGGCACCCUCGGAAUGCCCCGCCCAGCCUCAGAACUAUGCAGUCGGCUAGAUUUACAUGGAGCUGGUCUCUGUGAUGCCGCAUUUCGUCCACCACCCCCCUACCCUACACCGCCACCACCGGCCAACUAGAGAGACGCUACCUGCCUAAGCCCCGCCUCCCGGAAGGGAGGGCCCUACCUAUUGUGCUGAAAUUGUGUCUGCAUGGCAUCGCAGCAAGGCCCCAAGCACACAAAUCACGUCUUCGUGUCCACACCAUUCUCCUAAGCAUGGUCUGCCAACAGCAAUGAACGAUUAAAGUGUGGGGGCAAUGUCACGCUUUGGGCAAGCGGAGAGGCUGAUGUUGAAAUGGGUGGAGGUGAGGGGCAGCUGGUGAUGGUUAUAUAUGACCAGUAUGGAAAUAGAGAAAUAGAUAUUGGUUUUCUGGACCUCAACAUAUGCAAACAUGAAAUUAAUAUUGGUUUACUGUUAACCUUAAAAAAAAAAAGGGGGGGGGGGGUGUAAGUGAGCUGUUUUUAAGUCUUAUUUAUAUAGUUUCUGAUCAAGUUCAGUUACAUUCCAAGCAUUUUAGAUUUGCUCUUUUGGGGUCAUUCACUUUUUCCAUAAUGCUAAUGUGGACAGAUUCACUAUUGUCAAACGUAAGCAAAGUGAUGCACAUAUUGGCAUUGAUAAUCAGACUGCACAAAGCACGGUACUACUUUUUCACCUACAGCAGUCAUUCUGGUGAAAACAGUGAAAUUACACGAGGGGUUUAAUAUAGUCAGCAGCAUGUAUCUGAAGCUGAUAGUAUGUUGAUUGUUUCAGUAACAAUCACAGUAUGAAUAAGCUCUCUCUCUCUCCUCUCGCUAUCUCAUAUAUUGUGUGUAUGUGUGUGUGUAUGUUAGUGUGUGUGUGUAUG